GGAAGGUGUGGGGCGGCGCGCUUCCGGGGCGGUGGGUGGCUGUCCUGGCGCGGGUGGCACCGCAAAAAUGAUUUCUGAGAGCAGCUCCUUUGUGAAGGGUGUGGUGCUGGGGGGAGCUUUCUGCAUGUUGGUGACGCUCCUUGGGCACAUUAAGCUGGGACACGGGACUAAAGCGCAUCACCACGAGCACCAUCACAUCCAGGCUCCCAACAAAGAAGAUGUCUUAAACCUUUCGGAAGGUGAACGCAUGGAGCUCAGUAAAAGUAUCCGUGUUUAUUGUAUCAUUCUUGUGAAACCAAAAGAUCUGGGGCACUGGGCUGCAGUGAGAGAGACAUGGAGCAAGCACUGUGACAAGGUAGAAUUCUACAGCUCUGAAAAUGUCAAAGUGUUUGAUUCUGUCGCCCUCAACACAAAUGAUAUGUGGGCGAUGAUGAGAAAAGCUUACAAGAUAACAUAUGAACGCUAUAAAGAUGAAUUCAGCUGGUUCUUCCUUGCAUAUCCAACAACGUUUGCUAUUAUUGAAAAUCUCAAGUAUUUCUUACUGAAAAAAGACGCCUCACAGCCUUUUUAUAUAGGCCACACUGUGAAAUCUGGUGACCUGGAGUAUGUUCAUGGUGCGGGAGGAAUCGUCUUAAGCAUUGAAUCACUAAGACGACUCUCCCGUGUUCUUGAAGACUCUGACAAGUGUCCAGAGCAGGGAGGUAUGAUUUGGAAACUUCCUGAGGAUAAACAGCUAGCCAUCUGCCUGAAGUAUACUGGAGUGUUUGCCGAAAAUGCAGAGGAUUCAGAAGGAAAAGAUGUCUUUAACACUAAAUCAGUCGGUGCUCUCAUUAAGGAAGCAAUGUCUACUCACCCUCAGCAGGUGGUGGACGGCUGCUGCUCCGACAUGGCCAUCACAUUCAGUGGACUGGCCCCCAACCACAUGCAUGUGAUGAUGUAUGGUGUUUACAGGCUGAGACCCUACGGCCACACCUACAAUGAUGCACUUGUCUUCCUCCCGCCUGAAGGCUCAGACAAUGACUGAGGUCUCUUCAGGGGAGACCUGGAACCACAGAGUCAUGACUGGCAUUUGUACUGGCACAUUCGAUUUUUGUAUCUGGUGGUACUGGUGUACAAUUUUUUUUUUUUUUUGCACAUUAAGGUUUGGUAAAACUCUUAAUUUUAAAAGUGGAAGGAGAACUUUUUUCUAAAUCUUUUAUACAGAAAUGCUUUUGACGGUGCUGGAAUGAAAUGUUAAAGAAGUUGUUAAUGUUUAUGAUAAAAGGAAACUAAGUUUAUAUGGGGGGUUUGUACAUGUAAAUAUUUAUUAAUGAAAACUCAAAUGAACUUUAGUCUACUGUUAAAAAAUA